AUGACUGCUCCUAAACAAGAUGAACUGUGGCGGUUGAAAGACUCCGAAGCGUUUUAUGAGUGGUUACAAGUUGUUAUGUAUCCGUCAGUCACUGUAUGUGCGGGUGAAGAUAAGUUUAAUCCUGUUGCAAUGUUUAUGUUAACUCGGCUUGCCCCUGGCUGGGUAGGUGGGGCAUUGACGGCAGUUACAUAUGAAUGAUUUGUUGCUUACAAUAACCUGCGCUCGGGUGGGUAGGUGGGACAUUGACAGCUGUUACAUAUACAUAUUAUUAUCGUUUAUUGUUUGCUACCUCCCAGGGGAGACUUUACUGUUCACAUUAAAAAUACAUCUACAUCGUUUUACAUUGUAAUUAUAAUUAGAUAUUGAAAACAGAAUUCAAGUAAAGGAAACAGUACAAUGCAAAGUGUUGUCGGACUAGUUCAGACGAAAACGCUAGACUAAGACAAGAAAAUGCCCAGCUUAAGGAGGAAAAUAACACCCUGAAGGAGAAAUUUAACAAUUACUCCCUCGAUUACUCCUGUACUAUAUCGGACUUAAAAACCAAAAUAGAAAAUAUUGAAAACGAAAAACUGAGUUUGAUCACGGCUGUAAAGCUGCUACAAGAUGACAAUAAUUCUAGAUCAGCGAAUAAUAAACAGUCAACAUGUAGUACUUGGCAGGUUCACUCUAAACCAAGUUCACGCAAAAUUCCUGCUACUCACGUACAAAACAAACCGUUUACCCCCACUGUGAUAAAUAAUCAACCACGGGAAGUAACAACGUCAGAAAAUAGAUUCGAACUAUUAUCGCAUACUAUAGAUAACGACGAAAAAUUCAACACCGUUGAAAGUUCAAAUGAGUCUAACAAUCCUUCGGUAAUAAAGCAAAAUUGCCCAAGGGAGGAUCUUAGUAAACGUAGCAAUCAACAAAGGGGUAAUCAAUCAACCAAACCCAACAAGGAUAAAGCAAAGUAUAAGGAUAGAAAUCGCCCAGAUAAUAACACAGGUGAAAAGUCUGGUAAACUCGCAUUUAUUGCAGGGGACUCUAUUCUGCAACAUGUGCAUGGCUGGGAAUUGUCCAGCGACGAACAACGUGUGUCAGUGAAAGCCUUCUCAGGAAGUAGAGUAGAAGACAUGCAGGACUAUAUAAAACCCCUGAUACGCAAAAAGCCUGACACAAUGAUAUUGUACGUUGGUACUAAUGACAUUAAAGACGACACCAAGUCAGCAGAGGUAGUUGCAGCGGGAAUAUUAAAUUUAGGUAAUCAAAUUAAGGAUAAUUUACCACGCACUACAGGGUGUCUCAAAAAAAACCAAAAUCAUUGAAAUAACGUAUUGUUCGAAUUUCAAUGCCGUAACACAAAGGAUUUUGACAGGGUGAUUAAUUUGUUUUAAAAAAUUAAAAUAUCUUUGUAAAGUAACGUUUGUUUGCUCAUGGGAAUUUAAAAAUGCUUCGUAAAUUGUAAUAUGCGUAAUAUGCAUUCGUGGGUUUAGUACUUUAUGCCUGACAUAACAAGUUUACGCUGAGUAUUACCAUUAUUAUAGCAGUUAUGUCAAUCUUUUAUGCACUCGUGGGAUUAACUUAGUGCUAGAGCAUUGAAUAUCGAACAAUACGUCAAUUUCAAUGAUUUUGGUUUUUUUUGAGACACCCUGUACAGUAUGCAUAUCAAGCAUAACUGUCAGGAAAGACAAAGCCACCAUUCAAAACAAGAUAAAAGCUGUAAAUGAUAUUCUUGGGCGUGUUUGCAGCUUAAAUAAUUGGACUUAUAUAGACAAUAGUAAUAUAGACUAUACUUGCUUGAAUAGACGUGGGCUACACCUAAACAAAAAGGGUAGCAGUAUUAUUAGUAAAAAUUAUAAUAACUAUUUCAAUCAUAUUAAUUGAAACACAGCCCGGCCAGGUGUUGAUAAAUGGGCAUCAUUAAACCCAAACGUUCCAAACUUUAAAGGUUUCAAAAUGAGUAUGCUAAAUAUAGCCAGUUUACCUAAGCAUAUUAAUGAAAUAAGAAUAUUACUGGCCGAUCAAUGUCUCGAUAUACUUGCUUUGAAUGAGACAAGAUUGGAUGAAAAUAUUAGUAACCAAGGAUAUGCAUAUAGAUAACUAUGAUUUAAUUAGGUUUGAUCGUUCUAGAAAAGGGGGAGGCGUCUGUAUAUAUGCUAAAAAUUCUCUUAACUUUUCCGAACGAAAAGACUUGACUAGAGAUAAUCUUGAGGCUGUUUUUAUCGAAAUUCAUAAACCUUCUAGUGCAUCCUUUAUUGUUGGAACUAUACAGGGUGUCUCAAAAAAACCCAAAAUCAUUGAAAUUGACGUAUUGUUCGAUAUUCAAUGCCCUAGCACUAAGUUAAUCCCACGAGUGCAUAAAAGAUUGACAUAACUGCUAUAAUGAAUGGUAAUACUCAGCGUAAACUUGUUAUGUCAGGCAUAAAGUACUAAACCCACGAAUGCAUAUUACGCAUAUUACAACUUACGAAGCAUUUUUAAAUUCCCAUGAGCAAACAAACGUUCACUUUACAAAGAUAUUUUAAUUUUUUAAAACAAAUUAAUCACCCUGUCAAAAUCCUUUUUGUUACGGCAUUGAAAUUCGAACAACACGUUAUUUCAAUGAUUUUGGGUUUUUUUGAGACACCCUGUAUAUUUAAAUUUCAACAAAAAUCAUAAACAACUCGCUGGAAUGUUGUUACAAUUACUAGCUAUUACUGUUAUUGAACAGAACUAAAUAAAUGGUUAUAUAUUGUCGUAUUACAAAUUUACGCAUCAAAACUAUAUACUCAGCUGUUACAAGGUAAGGUGGUAUAGCCAACAGUGUCAAAUUGAGAAGCGUCAAAACAAUGCUACUGAACGUGUUCAAAGUUGAAAGCAUAUGUUAUGUUUGAUCAUAUACCAAUUAUUUGAACAAUUUUUAAAUUACUGACUGAGAACAUAUUGUAGCUAUAUAUAUGACAUUAAUGCCGGUAAAUUGCAAAUGUGGAUAGCUGGAUAUUUUGCUGUAUAGCGAAGUAGCGAAUAGUUCACUACAUUUUUUUUUAAAAGUACCUUUAUUGUCAGUAGCGAACUACAUUUCAUGUGAUGUGGCUGACUACAAUAGUUGUAGCUGACCACCUUUAUAGCUUUAGCGAGCUACAACAAUUUUUUAGUCAACACAGCCUUGGUAUCUACAGGGUUUCCCAAAAAAACGAAAACUAUUGAAAUCACUUAUUGUUAAAUUUGAAUGCCCCACAAAACAGCUGGACGUAAUGAUGGGUAAAAUAUUGACGAGGUGCAUGUAUUAGAAUUUAGUUAGGAAUAUCACCUGGUAAAGUGCGCGAUUUUCUGCUCCUGGGAAUUAAAAACAGCUUCUUAAACAGUUUCUUUAUGCAUAAAAUUUACUUAUGUCAAUCAUUUAUGCACUCGUGGGAACCAACAGAGCGCUAAGGCAUUCAAAUUCUAACAAUUAAAUUGUUAUUGGUGAUUUCAAUAGUUUUCGUUUUUUUUGGGACACCCUGUACAGGGUGUAUAAAAAAAAACGCAACCUCGGAAUUUCCUAAGAAAUCACUUUGCAAUUCUUAAGCAUAAAAGAUUUUAGGCCCCUGGGAAUUGAAAUCGAAUUGCUAAUAGAUCAUAUUACUGUUGUUGUGCAUUAAAUAAAAGCAUAAAUUUUGUUUUAUGCACUCGCGUGUGCAGUAAUUUUGACAGUUAUGCUAUUUUAAAUUCCCAGGCGCCUAAAAUCUUUUGUCUUUAAAACAAUGUCAAUUUCUUGGGAAAUUCCGAGGUUGCGCUUUUUUUGAUACACCCUGUAUACAGACCUCCAAGUGCUUCGGUUGACUCAUUUGUCGCAAUUGAAAAAUUAGUGCAAUUAAUAGAUGACGAGAAUAAGGAAUUCUAUUUACUUGGCGAUUUAAAUGCCAACAUGCUUGACAUUUCGAAUAAUGCCACAAAAGAACUAGUUUCAAUAAUGGAACAAUAUCAAUUAACUCAAACAAUUAGUGCACCCACUCGUGAGACCACGACUUCAUCCUCUUUGUUAGAUGUUUGUCUCACUUCUACUCCAGAAAAGUUAAUUACAUCUAGGGUAGUGCUGAUUACAAUUAGUGACCAUUAUAUGAUCGUCAUUGUUCGUAAAAUAAAUACUUACUGUAAACAAAAACGCCACAAGAAAGUUGAAUUUCGAAAUUUAAAAAAUUUUAAUGUCGAUAAUUUCCAAGCCGACCUGUAUAGUCAGGAUUGGGAAUUAUUAGAUAACCAAGCAUGCGUUGAUAAGAUGUGUGAUAUAUGAAAAACACUCUUUAUGACAGUGUUCGACAAACAUGCUCCAAAUAAAGAGAAAAGAGUGAAAGAUAAACCCAGUGUCCCUUGGCUAACCACUACAAUUAAAAAACAAAUUAGAGAACGAGAUCGUCUAAAACUUCUUGCAAUAAAAUACAAAUCGGAAAAUUACUGGGAUGCUUAUAAAUCGUCUAGAAAUCGCAUAACAGAUGCUUUGCGAGAAGCUAAAACAGCUUAUUAUAAAGUACAAUUUGAUAAAGUAAAACAUGAGCCAAAACAAGCUUGGAAAACUGUUAAUAAAAUCCUAAAUCGAAAGCAAAAAUGUCCAGAUAUAAACUCUGUCAAAACUCAGAAUGGAGAGAUUACCGAUCCAAAUGAGUUAGCGGAAAGCUUCAAUGAUUAUUUUACUAAUAUUGGCCCAGAUAUUGCAAAAACGAUCGAUAAAGGUGACAGAAAUUUCACGGAUUACAUAACUAGAGUAACUAGUAAUUUUAAGUUCCAAGCUGUAUCUGAAUCGAAAGUUCAUAGACUUCUUUUGUCUCUAAAUCCCGGUAAAUCUACCGGUAUUGACAAAAUUCCAGCUAAAAUUAUUCGUAUUGCUUCCCCAGUAAUUGCAAAUUCCUUGGCAAAAAUUUUUAAUAGGGCAAUCACCAGUAAAUCCGUUCCAUCUGAAUGGAAAGCAGCGACAGUUACACCUUUACAUAAAAAAGGCCCUCGAAACCUGUUAAAUAAUUAUCGCCCUAUAUCCAUUCUUCCUGUUGUAAGUAAAGUUUUCGAAAAAGUAUUAUACGAACAGUUACACGAUUAUCUUGUUACAAAUAACUUACUAUCCCAACAUCAAUUCGGUUUUAGACGUAGUCACUCAACAGCAUCCGCCGUUUUAGAUAGCACAAAAGAAUGGUUUGUUAAUAUGGAUCUUGGCUUUUUUAAUAUUGCAGUCUUUCUCGACUUGCAAAAGGCAUUCGACACUAUUAACCACGUUGUAUUAUUGAAAAAACUUGAUUUUUAUGGUUUAGAAACACCAGCUUUAAACCUCCUAAAAUCGUAUCUAGAAAACAGAACUCAAAUGUGCUCUGUUAAUGGCACUUUCUCGUAA